GAAAGUAUACAAAAUGAUUAAGCAUGCUGAUUCGACAAUGUUUAAUUUUUUGUAGUAACUAAUAUAAAUGAAAAAAUUAAUAUUUUGUUAUGAAUUUUCUCAUUUUACAAUUUAUAAAAUGUUACACAUCCAUUUUAAUGUGGUUCAAAAUUAUCAUACUGUAUUCUAUCAUUUAGGAAAAAUUAGACAUGUGUUUAAUCGACUUUACUUAUAAGGUACAAGAGAUAUGUUGAAAAUAUAAAUUUUUUUUGAAUGAAUUUUGAACAAUCUAUUUUAUUUUUAUUAUGAAUGUGUCUGUAAUUAUUACACUCGGUUUUGGUUGAGUUUUUCUGUAAUAAAGUUGGAAUUUUGAUUUUUAUGAGACAUUAUUCAACUUAUCUCUUCAAAUGGUAUAAAAUUUUGGGGUAUAUGCAAGUCAGUGUGAAUAAGAUUGAGUGAAUGUUUAUAUAUUAAAACUUCAUUUUUAAACAGAUUAUUGAUUAUACUAUCAACUACAGUACAGAAAAAAACUAAUAUAAUGCUUUUGUUGUUCGGGGAAAGUCAACAUUUAGGUUAGACCUUUUGGAGAAAUACCUUAAGAAACGAGAAAGCAGGUAGACAUCUUUAAUGUACAGAGAUAGUGGUAACCAAAAUAAUGAUGAUUCAUUUUGAAAGUGUGAAAGAGAGUGUGUAAAGUUUAGAAAAAAUUAUUAAUUACCCCAGCCUAUUUCUAGGUACGAUAGACCAAGUUGUUUUUCAAGAAACUACGAGUUUUGUGAUGGGGCUCCCAAACACGUGGGAAAACUCCAGACUUCCAAACCAGGAACUACUCUCAGAUUAUGAAAGAGCAAAUGCUCAAAGGUGAAGAAGCCGAAAUACGCAAAAAGAUUUUGGAAAGAGCAAAAGAUGGUACAUUGAAAGUUACUAAUGGAGAUUCGAAACCUGCUCCAAAAAAACGUGGCAGAUGGGAUCAAACAGUUGAUGAAGUUAUAGUACCUCAAAAAAAGAAAACUUUAAGUGUGUCCACCACUAGUCUCGGUAAUCAGAGUACUCACAGUACAUCCGCUACUCCAGUUUGGGAAGGAGAUAAAACUCCAUCUGACAUACGUUGGGAUGAAACUCCAGGACACAAAGGUAGUGAAACUCCGGGCGCAACACCCGGACAAUCUACCAGAAUAUGGGAUGCUACUCCUGGUCCAGCAACGCCGGGUAGAGAAACUCCAGGUCACGGAGAUAAAAGUACUUCAAGAAGAAAUCGAUGGGAUGAAACACCUAAAACCGAACGAGAAACACCUGGGCAUUCAAGUGGUUGGGCUGAAACACCCAGAACAGACAGAACAGGUGCGGAUCUUAUUCAAGAAACUCCUACUCCUGGUGCGUCCAAGAGAAGAUCCAGAUGGGAUGAAACGCCGUCGGCAACUCCUUCGCAAGUUAUGACACCAGGAGCUAUGACACCCACAACUCCACAUGGUACUCCUCAUGGAACUCCUAGUCAUGCUGGUCAAUCUACUCCAAUGCUAACCCCUGGAGGUAGUACUCCAGUUGGUACUAAAGCUAUGGGUAUGGCUACACCCACGCCAGGUCAUCUAGCGUCAAUGACACCUGAACAACUUCAAGCUUAUAGAUGGGAAAGAGAAAUAGACGAACGCAAUCGUCCUUAUUCAGAUGAAGAAUUAGAUGCUAUGUUCCCUCCUGGAUAUAAAAUUCUCCCACCUCCUGCUGGUUAUAUUCCUAUAAGAACGCCAGCUAGAAAACUGACAGCUACACCAACACCUAUGAUUGGGGGUACACCUACUGGCUUCUUCAUGCAGGCUGAGGAUAAGAGUGCUAAAUAUUUAGAUAACCAACCAAAGGGACAAAAUCUACCAUUUAUGAAACCAGAAGAUGCCCAAUAUUUUGAUAAAUUACUUGUUGAUGUGGACGAGGAAAGUUUAAGUCCUGAAGAACAAAAAGAAAGAAAAAUCAUGAAACUUCUAUUGAAAAUUAAAAAUGGAACACCUCCUAUGCGUAAAGCAGCUCUAAGGCAAAUUACUGAUAAGGCAAGAGAAUUCGGAGCUGGACCUUUAUUCAAUCAAAUAUUACCUUUAUUGAUGAGUCCCACUUUGGAAGAUCAGGAAAGGCAUUUGUUGGUAAAAGUCAUAGAUAGGAUUUUAUACAAAUUAGAUGAUUUGGUAAGACCUUAUGUUCACAAAAUUCUUGUUGUAAUUGAACCGUUGCUGAUUGAUGAAGAUUACUAUGCUCGUGUUGAAGGUCGUGAGAUAAUUUCUAAUCUUGCCAAAGCUGCUGGUUUAGCCACUAUGAUCUCCACAAUGAGACCAGAUAUUGACAACAUUGAUGAAUAUGUCAGAAAUACCACCGCAAGAGCGUUUGCCGUCGUGGCAUCCGCCUUAGGAAUACCCUCACUUCUGCCUUUCUUGAAAGCCGUAUGCAGAUCAAAGAAAUCUUGGCAAGCCAGACAUACUGGUAUCAAAAUUGUUCAACAGAUAGCUAUUUUGAUGGGUUGCGCCAUUUUGCCACAUUUAAAAUCAUUGGUGGAAAUUAUUGAACAUGGAUUAGUUGAUGAACAGCAGAAAGUUAGGACGAUUACAGCGUUGGGUAUUGCUGCUCUUGCUGAAGCUGCUACUCCAUAUGGUAUUGAAAGCUUCGAUUCCGUUUUGAAACCUCUGUGGAAAGGUAUCCGAACACAUCGUGGUAAAGGUUUGGCGGCAUUCCUUAAAGCCAUUGGUUAUUUGAUUCCACUUAUGGACGCUGAAUAUGCCAACUACUAUACCAGAGAAGUAAUGUUGAUCCUUAUUAGAGAGUUUCAGUCACCCGAUGAGGAAAUGAAGAAGAUUGUAUUGAAGGUAGUCAAACAAUGUUGUUCUACCGAUGGUGUGGAAGCUCAAUAUAUCAAAGAAGAAAUUUUGCCACAGUUCUUCAAACAUUUCUGGAAUCAUAGAAUGGCGUUGGACAGACGUAACUAUAGGCAAUUGGUUGAUACUACAGUUGAGAUUGCUAAUAAGGUAGGAGCUUCUGAAAUUAUUAAUAGAAUAGUGGAUGAUCUUAAAGAUGAAAAUGAAGCUUACAGAAAGAUGGUUAUGGAGAGUAUUGAAAAAAUAAUGGGUAAUCUUGGAGCAGCUGACAUCGAUUCAAGGUUAGAAGAACAACUUAUCGAUGGUAUCCUAUACGCAUUUCAAGAACAGACUACAGAGGAUGUGGUUAUGUUGAACGGUUUUGGUACUAUUGUCAAUCAGCUUGGAAAACGUGUCAAACCUUAUUUACCUCAAAUUUGUGGUACGAUCUUGUGGAGAUUAAACAACAAAUCAGCAAAAGUUCGUCAACAAGCAGCCGAUUUAAUCUCUAGAAUAGCUGUAGUGAUGAAAACAUGUCAAGAAGAAAAACUUAUGGGGCAUUUGGGAGUAGUACUAUAUGAAUAUUUGGGAGAAGAAUAUCCCGAAGUAUUAGGUUCUAUACUAGGAGCGCUGAAAGCGAUAGUAAAUGUCAUAGGCAUGACAAAAAUGACACCUCCUAUUAAGGAUCUUUUACCUCGUUUGACUCCAAUUUUAAAGAAUAGACACGAGAAAGUACAAGAAAACUGUAUAGAUUUAGUAGGACGUAUCGCCGAUAGAGGACCAGAAUAUGUAUCAGCUAGAGAAUGGAUGAGAAUUUGUUUUGAGCUUUUGGAAUUGCUCAAAGCUCAUAAGAAAGCUAUAAGAAGAGCUACAGUUAAUACUUUUGGUUAUAUCGCCAAAGCUAUAGGUCCUCACGAUGUACUUGCCACUCUCUUGAACAAUUUAAAAGUACAAGAACGUCAAAAUCGUGUGUGUACAACUGUGGCUAUAGCUAUUGUCGCCGAAACUUGUUCCCCUUUCACUGUUCUUCCAGCUCUAAUGAACGAAUAUCGAGUUCCAGAACUCAAUGUUCAAAAUGGCGUUUUGAAAUCACUUUCGUUUUUAUUUGAAUAUAUAGGAGAAAUGGGAAAAGAUUAUAUUUAUGCGGUAGCACCGCUUCUAGAAGAUGCCUUAAUGGACAGAGAUCUAGUACAUAGACAAACGGCAUGUGCUGCUAUCAAGCAUAUGGCUCUUGGUGUAUACGGGUUCGGAUGUGAAGACGCACUCAUUCAUCUCCUGAAUUAUGUUUGGCCUAAUAUAUUCGAAACUUCGCCGCAUUUAGUUCAAGCUUUUAUGGAUGCUAUUGAAGGUAUGCGUGUAGCCUUAGGACCUAUCAAAAUUCUUCAAUAUACUCUACAGGGUUUGUUUCAUCCAGCCAGGAAAGUGAGAGAUGUGUAUUGGAAAAUUUAUAACUCUCUAUACAUUGGAGGCCAAGACACACUAGUGGCAGGAUAUCCAAGGAUAACAAACGAUCCAAAGAAUCAGUAUAUCAGAUAUGAAUUGGAUUAUGUCUUAUAAUUGUUUAGUAAAUGUUUAGUAUUGAAUAAACGAGUGGUGUUAAGAUUUCAA